CUUCCACUCUCUCACCCUCAUCUCCUUCCUUGAAGAGCUCCCACCUCAACUCCUCCCUCCUCCCUUCCUCCCUCUUCCGAGAUGCUACCGAGAACAUGGAGCAUCUUCCAUGUGGGGGAGGAAGGUGGGGAGGCACCAAAGACUGUUGCAGCUGCCAUCGAAAGCUCGAAAGGCGCCUGCGAGCGGCUCGAAGGCCUUCGAAUCCUCAUACAGAACUCGGGACGACGAUCCAAUGUCGUGAUCAAUUCUUCACUUCGAUCUUGCAUGCCUCACCAUUUAACCAAGGCUUCUGCGCCUCAGUUUGGCUUCCUGAAAGCUUGCUUCUUGUGCAGAAAGGAGCUGAGCCCUCACAAGGAUGUUUACAUGUAUAGGGGUGACCAGGGAUUCUGCAGUGAGGAAUGUCGUCGCGAUCAAAUCUUGUUGGAUGAAAGAACAGAAGCUGAAGCGUCAGCAAUAGGGAGAAUGAAGCCACCUCUUCGUCCUCCCGCCGCCGCCGCCGCCAAUAAGGUUCAGGAAUCCAACCGCCGGAGGAGGAUCGUAGCAGUAGCAUAGAGAUCUACGAGGAAGAAAAGCCCCUUCUUUCUGAAUGAUGAGAAGGCUGCAUAUUUACCAACUGCACAGAAUUGUAUGCCAAGUUCGAGACAAAUCCAUCGGACCGACAGCCAAUUCAAGUUUCCUCCUAUUUCCAGGGAAUGUUGCAACCUAUAAGAGUAAAGAAAGAGUCUAUUGGAAACAAAUGAUAUGCUUUUCUACUCUAAUGAACACCUUGUGCUUCAUUUU